AUGUUUCUGGCGGAGACAGAGAUGGACAGACAGCAGCAGCAGCAGCAGCAACAGCAGCAACAGCAGCAGCAGCAGCAACAGCAGAAGCGGAUGCUGGAGGAUGGCGUCAGUGGUGCAGGGGACUUAAUGGAAGACGUUCAGUCGGCAGCAACAACAGCAACAGCAGCAGCAGCAGCAGCAGCAGCAGCAGCAGCAGCAGAUGAGAAGCAGCAGGGCAGAGCCAAGAGGGCCCGGAAGGCCCCCAGCCCGGAGGAGCUGCGCGAGCUGCUGAUGGACUGCUACCGCAUAGCGGAGACAGGGGUAAGACACAGCAGCAGCAGCAGCAGCAGCAGCAGCAGCAGCAGCAGCAACAGUAGUAGUAACAGGCAGGCACAAAGAACAGCAACAGCAGCAGUAGCAGCAAUGUCAGCACGAGCAGCAGCAGCGGCAGAAGCAGCAACGGCAGCAGAGGCAGCAACAGCAGCAGGAGCAGCAGCAGCAACAGCAAAAGCAGCAGCAGCAGCAGCAGCAAUAGGUUUUUCUUUUUUUGUGCUGUAUGUGUGCGAGCAGCAGCAGCAAGAGCUGCAGCAGGAGACUAUCGUUGACGUCCUCGGCAGCCAAAGAUUAAGAGGAGCUGCAGCGUUGCGGCGUGUGCUGCAGCAUUCAUAG